GGGAGGGGAGGAAAGAAAACAGCUGCAUUGCACCGAGGUCAGCCUUUGCUUCGCCGUAUCGGGUGCGGGCUUCCUUGCUGCAGUCGGAGAGGCGCCUUCCAGCAGCUCCAGCAGAACAGGCCUUGGCCCUCCGCAUCCUCCAUCUCUCUUAUUAAUUUUGAUCUGGAAACCAUGUCAAGCAAAGGAAAGGUUGCAAAAUACAGGGGUUCCGUGAAGGAUUUCCCAAACUUUGAUGCCAACCAGGAUGCCGAGGCACUGUAUAAUGCUAUGAAAGGAUUUGGCAGUGACAAGGAAGCCAUAUUAGAUCUCAUAACAUCCAGAAGCAAUAAACAAAGAAAUGAAAUCUGCCAAGCAUACAAGGCUCUUUAUGGAAAGGACCUGAUUGCAGACUUGAAGUAUGAACUGACUGGGAAAUUUGAGCGGUUGAUUGUGGGUCUGAUGAGGCCCUUGGCAUACUUCGAUGCCAAGGAAAUCAAAGAUGCUCUAAAGGGCAUUGGAACAGACGAGAAAGCCCUAAUUGAGAUUCUGGCAUCACGGACUAACAAGCAGAUCCAUGCUUUGGUGGAGGCCUACAAGGAUGCAUAUGAAAGGGACCUGGAGCAAGAUGUCAUUGCAGAUACCACUGGACACUUUAAGAAGAUGCUUGUGGUUCUUCUUCAGGGCACCAGAGAAGAUGAUGAUGUUGUGAGUCAGGACUUAGUGGAACAGGAUGCCAAGGACCUGUUGGAAGCUGGAGAGCUGAAGUGGGGCACUGAUGAGGCCCAAUUUAUCUACAUUCUUGGAAACCGAAGCAAACAGCACCUUCGGCUGGUCUUUGAUGAGUAUCUGAAGAUUGCAGGCAAACCCAUUGAGAGAAGCAUCCGGGAAGAGCUCUCUGGAGACUUUGAAAAACUAAUGCUAGCUGUGGUGAAGAAUAUCAGGAGUUCAGCAGAGUACUUUGCUGAGAGACUUUUCAAAGCCAUGAAGGGUCUGGGGACAAGAGACAACACACUGAUUCGUAUCAUGGUGUCGCGUAGCGAGUUAGACAUGCUGGAUAUCCGGGAGAUAUUCCGGACUAAAUAUGAGAAGUCCCUACAUCACAUGAUAGAGAGUGACACAUCUGGAGACUACAAAAAUGCGCUGCUGAAGCUGUGCGGGGGAGAUGAUGAUGCUGCAGGUGAGUUCUUUCCUGAAGCUGCGCAGGUGGCCUACCAGAUGUGGGAACUUAGUGCAGUGGCCAAAGUAGAGCCAAAAGGAACCAUUCAUCCAGCUGCAGAUUUCAAUGCUGAUGAUGAUGCCAAGGUGCUGAGGAAAGCAAUGAAGGGUUUUGGGACUGAUGAAGAUGCUAUCAUUGAGGUGGUCACACAUCGGAGUAACACCCAGAGGCAAGAAAUCAUAAAGGCAUACAAGUCUCAUUACGGCCGGGAUCUGAUAGCAGACCUGAAAUCUGAAAUUUCGGGGACUUUGGCAAAGGUUAUCCUUGGACUGAUGAUGACACCAGAACAAUAUGAUGCAAAGCAGCUGAAGAAAGCCAUGGAGGGGGCCGGAACGGAUGAAAGUGUCCUCAUUGAAAUCUUGGCUACGCGGGACAAUCGGGAGAUCCAAGCCAUUAAUGCUGCGUACAAAGAAGCCUACCAUACUAGUUUGGAGGAUGCACUGAGUUCUGACACUUCCGGACAUUUCAAAAGGAUCCUCAUCUCUCUGGCUCUGGGGAACCGUGAUGAAGCAGGAGAGGACCUUGCCAAAGCUCGUGCAGAUGCCAAGGUUGCUGCUGAAGCCCUGAAAUUGUCUGAUGUUUCCAGUGAUGACUCGACAUCCCUCGAGACACGGUUCUUGAGCAUUUUAUGCACGCAGAGCUACCCGCAGCUCAGGAGAGUCUUCCAGGAGUUCAUUAAGCUGACAAACCAUGACGUGGCACAUGCCAUCAGCAAGCGGAUGUCUGGAGAUGUGCGGGACGCCUUUUUAGCCAUUGUGCGGAGUGUCAAGAACAAGCAAGCUUUCUUUGCCGACAAGCUGUACAAGUCCAUGAAGGGUGCUGGCACAGAUGACCGAACUCUCAUCAGGAUCAUGGUCUCAAGGAGUGAAAUCGACUUGUUCAACAUCCGGCGUGAAUUUUGGGACAUAUACGAGAAAUCUCUCUAUCACAUGAUUGAGAAGGAUACCUCAGGAGAUUACUGUAAAGCAUUGCUGGCCAUUUGUGGAGGAGAAGAUUAAGCAAUCCGUGACAGCUAUAUAGAAGCCUGGCUUCAUGUCUGAACCGUUGUCACUCACAUAUGUGCAGCCUAGACGCCACUGUUGCUUUUAGGAGCUUCAGGAUAUGUUUUGGAUCCACAGAGAAGAUUCACUUUGUGUUGGGGCGGGGGGAUGUAUCACAAAAGAGCUUAAUAUUGCAAAUAGCUAAGAACACAAGGUUGCUCAGUUGCAUGGAUGGGGAAAUUGUCUGAAUUUGUGCAAAACCAACUAAUGUGCCUAUGUCCAGUAAAGUAAGUGUUAUGGGUAUUUUAAAUGAAAGAAAUAAAAUGUUCACUGUUGCUGACUAUGA